AGCCCCUCGGCCUCGCGCGGUGCAUGCCGGGCAAGGGAAGGGGCCGCGCGCGCGGAGCGGCGGCGGGGGGGGAGGGGGCGCUGGUGUCGGCGGAGGCGUCGCGUCAGGCCUGGAUGUCUCGGGGCGGGUCGGAGCCCGGCUGGGGCUGGUGGCCUCCGUCGCGCCGGCGGCAGCAGCAGCAGCAUGGGAGGCGACGACGAGCUGCGGCGGAAGGGGAUGGUGCCGACGGGGGUCGGGCCUGGGCGCUCCCGGCAGUGGCGGGCUUGGCCGUGGCGGCCUCGCUCUCGCUGCUGGUCCUCCUGCUGGGCCUCUCCGGGGCGGCGCUGACCGUCGUGGCGGCGGCAGGAGGGACCUGGGUGGCGGCGGCUGCAGGAGCUGGUCAAGGCAGGAGGCCGCCGCUGCUGUCCGCGCGGCCCGCCCCCACCUCCGCUGCCUCUUGUUACAAGCCCGGCGCCUUGGCUAAUGGGGGGCCUGCUAUGAGCUGCAGCCCGGCUGAACGAAGGCGUCUAUUCGGGGAUCACCUAACUCCACAAACUCCCUUAAGGCUGCGCCGGCGCUACCCAAUCAAGAAGGCCCAGUAUGCCUCACUGGGCACCCUGCCUUCCAUUUACUGGGAUGGUUAUCGGCAGAAACCCAGGUUGUCUACUCACAACUCCUCCAUGAUCCAGAGCCCAGUGACAGUGAAGAUUGCUCGGCCAGACAGCAACAUUGGCCGGUUCCCACUGUUGGAACAGCAGGCUUCUCCUUUGGCUUUCUCUCCAAUGCCCAACAGUACUGUAGACCCAUGUGCAAAGGAGACUGUAAUGAGCGCACUUAAGGAGAGCAGAAAGAGGAAUGUGGAAGAUGGUGACCAAAGCAGCCUGAACAAUAAGAGACGGCGCCAUGAUAGCAGUGGGAGUGGACAGUCUGCAUUUGAACCCCUGGUGGCCAAUGGAGCCCCGGCAUCUCUGGUUCCCAGGCCUGGUUCCCUGAAGCGGAGCCUUGCCUCUCACAGUUUGGACAAUGGCUCCUCCAAGAGGUCACGCACAUCCUCCCUCAGUUCAGUGAACAGCCUUUACGUGAGUGGAAUUCCCAGUUCCAUCCGCAACGAGAUUGCCAGCUCCUACAGCUCAACCCGAGGCCUCUCUCAGCUGUGGAAGAGAAGUGGCCCAAGUACCUCUCCUCUCUCCAGUCCAGCUUCCUCCCGUUCACAGACUCCUGAAAGACCUAAUAAGAAAGCAAGGUACCCUGACACCAGCCUCAUAGAUGUAGAGUCUCAUCAAUCCAGCACAUCAACACCUGUGAAGGCAAACACAGAGAAGCAGGCAGAGAAGAAUGCAGAAACACCCGUGCAGAACAGACACAGCUCUCUAAGUUUGCAGUCCUCGUCGGGCAGCAAUGGCAAACGCAAGCGUAAGAUCCAGCUACUCUCUGCUCGGCAUGGAGAUAAUUUCACCUUGCCUCCUCCACCUCAACUUGGCUAUGCUGUCACUUCUGAGGACUUGGAUGCAGAAAAAAAGGCAACCCUGCAGUGGUUCAACAAGGUCUUGGAGGACAAAACUGAUUCUAUCCCAGGUACAUCUGCAGAGAUUGCCUCCCCACCCAGUAUCCUGUCCUCAUUGAUGCCAGCUAAGCCUGCCUCUGUGGCACUGAUGGGCAUGGCUACAGGACCCAAUCCCCUGUUGGAGAGUCUGAAGAAGAUGCAAGAAGGACAGAGUGGUACAGUGCAAGCAGAUUCAGCUUCUGCCACACAGACUCCUGAAACAACAGCACCUGCAGCUUCUCUGGAUUUGGGUUCCGCUUCAUCUGUGACCUCAUCUGAGGCCAAGCUCUCACUCACACAAAGCAUUGCUCCUUCCUUGGCUCCUCCUCCUUCCUCUGCUGUCCAGCCUGCCAGCAGUAUAAGUAGCUUGGUAACAACUUCCUCUGAAUUGGGCCAAACCCCAUCAAGACCCUCUUCUGCCCCAAAGCCAAGCAUCCUCUUUGGAAUUCUCACCAGCCCUCCUGCCAGCCAGCCAACAGCAACAACAGCAGCAGCAGCAGCAUCUUCUGUUUCCAGCACAGCGCCUGUAUUCAAACCAGUGUUUGGCAAUGUUACAAAAAUUGAGAGCCCUGGUUUCUCUGCUGGCAGCACCUCUUUGGCUGUUGCAAUGUCUCCUGGGACUGCGCCCUCCUCUGCAUCUCCUUCUGUUACUCCCAGCAGCAGCAGCACAUUCAAGCCCAUCUUUGGGAGCAUGCCACCACUUGCAACUGCUGCUCCAUCCACCACCACAGCAUCUUUCUUUGCAUUCAAAAACAGCCCCCAGCCAGCCGCAGGUCUGCCCACCACUGCCUCGAGCACAUCGACCGGGUUUCCUGUUCUCUCUGAGUCCAUUGUGACUACAGCGAUGUCCCCCUCGACCACCAUGAACGUGACAACUCUCUCCACGAGCGCACCGGUGUUCAGCUUCAAUCUUGGCAUGGCAACCUCCAGCUCUGCACCAAGCACCACGACAGCUGUCACCACCGCGUCAUCCCAGUCCUUCCUGUUUGGGGUCUCAUCCAGUGGCACUGCGGCCUCCACUGCACCUACAGCACCCCUUUUCCAGUUUGGGAAACCAGCUACCACUGCUGGGGCCAGCAGUGCUUUGGCAAGCUCUGCCUUCAGCCAGGCAUCUGCCAGCAUGGCAGAGUCUGUUCCUAGCAGCAAAACCACGGCUGCUGUGGGCUUCAGUAUCUUUGGCAGUGGGGGCAGCAACAGCACUGCCACCACUCAGGCCCCUUCUGCUGCCCCAGCUUCGACACAGCCUAUGCUGACAUUUGGGUCUGGUCCCUCUGCUUUCAGUGGGGCCUUUGGCAGCCCUUCAAAACCACCCCCUCCGUACACGGGGGAUGCCAGCCAGCUGACUUUUGAGCCUAGCGUCCCUGAUGGGCAGCAGCAGCUCACCACCAAGCCGGCAACUGGCCCAGUAAGCUUCGGAACACCUUUCAACUUCUCUGGUUCAGUUGCACAACCGACUGCACAGCCGGCAUUUGGCAGUGCCACACAGACCUUUGGUGGGACUGGGCCUCUAGCAUCCUUUGGCACCAAAAGUGCCAGCCAGCCAGCAUUUGGAGCCACAACAUCCAUCUUCUCCUUUGGGACGACCACCACAUCAGCCGUGUCAGCUUUUGGAUCCAACACCCAGACUACAAGCAGCAGCACGGGGGGCUCAGUGUUUGGUAGCUCCACCCCAUCUCCAUUCACGUUUGGGGCAUCUACUGCACCAGUGGCAGCAGGCAGUACUUUUGGCAUUGGUGCUCCAGCUGCCGCAGGCUCCAGCACCCCCAUGGUGGGCUUCAGCUUUGGUGGACAGAGUGGGACUGUGGGUGCAGCUACACCCUUUGCCUCUUCCUUGGCACAAAACCCACUGGGUGCCCAGAACCAGAGUACACCCUUUGCUUUCAGUAUCCCUGGCACUCCAGAGAGCAAGCCAGCAUUUGGAGGAACCCCUACGCCUGCUUUUGGGCAGAGUUCACCUGCGCCACAAGGAACCACUGGAGGCAGUAACCUUUCUUUUGGAACCCCCAUUACCCCAGCCUUUGGAGGAGCUGGGUCUACAUUUGGGCCACCAACACCUGCAUUUUCCAUUGGGGCAGGAUCCAAAACACUGAGCCGGCAACGCUUGCAGGCCCGACGGCAGCACCCUCGUAAAAAGUAGCCAGGAGAUUCUCACUUGGACUUCAGCUUCUGGCUUCACCUGUUCAGAGGCUUGGGCCGGGCAUACGAAUCAAGGGGGGAGGUGUGUUCCGGCCUCUGUCCUUUAUGAGGCUGGCCCGACAGUCUCGUUCUGUGAAAUCCACAGGAAAUUACUUCGGAUUGCAGCAGUUAUUUCCCCCCCCCGCCCUUCAAGAGGGAUAGGGGAAACCAAGCCCUUUUUACUUGAACAAUUCAUGGCUGAAUCUGGAUGAAAUUUUGUAUGUAUCUGCUACCUUCCCUUCCCCAUGCAGACAGUCUCCCAUGGGUCUGUCUUCCCCAAAUCCUUGCCUUCUCUGACCUCAGCCUGACACCCAAGUUUGGCUGCCAAGUGAGGGUGGUGUGUAAGGGGGGAGGUGCUUGGCAUGUUCCCAGUUGCAACCGACUCCUUUUCUAUCAUCCCCUCUGUCUCUCUCCCCGAUUCCUUACCCCCCCUCCAUAUUUUAAAACUCCUUAUAUGGUGUCCCCUGAUCCUGGCACAGGCCAACUCUUAGAAGCCCUUCCCUUGGAUAUGCUGUCAUGCAUCUCCAGUCUCAACUCAUCUCCAAGGUUAACCCUCUCCAGUUGGUAGACCGUCUUUUCUCCCACAGUCUAACCAAGAAGCCCAUCCAGUCAAGAUUUUGUGGUUUCACAGGGGCUCUUGGUUGAAACACUAAUCACAGUUAACAGUGGCUGCAGGUCUGGUCAGAAGUCCCAGUGAACUGAAAAGACGGAUCUUCUGGAGUGAGGAGGCACAGAGGGAAGGCCCCCACCCUCUGUGCUGCUUGCAUGAGCCAGUGGCAAGGGAGGCGCUGCUGCUCUACUGAAGUACCCUGUUCUUUUCUCUCCCCUUCCCAAAUUCUGUGUUUGUUCACUGUAUGUUUGUGCUCUAAAUCUUUUUUUUUUAAUUUGCUCUGUGAAUCGAGUUUGGAGGAAGAACUUAAUUGUAUGUAUGGCGGCAUGUUGAUAAUGCCGGACUUGCUGUAAACAUUUUUGGGGGUUGCCUGUCUCCAGCGGAGACGAACCCCAUCUAAUUGGGUGUGGACAGUAGCGUCACUGUGUGGCUACAAGCGUUGAAUGAACCUGAUUGUGCUGAUUGGAAGGCUGGCAGUGGGAGAGGGUGUGGCUGUCUCUCCAACCAUUCAGUGGAGGUGGGGUGCCUCGCUCUCCCAUACACUUGAGAGGGGCACAUGUUCUCUGGCAGAAGGGCUUAUCCCAGCGGAAGGGAAAUCACUGGAAAAGAAUUUAUCUAAUUCUUGGCAUAAGCCAGAAGACACCUAUCGCUCUCUCUUCCCGGUGGAUUUCCUUUUGCAUUUGCAGGCAUCGUAUAAGAGGGACACAACAGAUAGAAUUCUUCCCUCUCUCCUAGGAAAGGGGAUUGGUGCAAGAAUUCCAGUCCCUGCCACCUCCUCCCCCAGUCAUGGAAGUGCAAAUCCAGCUGCCAGCUCUUUUUAAUAACAUUGGAGACAACAGUGUGAAUGUGUGCGUGCGCCUGCCUAACUCUAAAUUAAAAAAAAAUAUUUAAACAUUUUUUAACAAAGUAAAACUUUAUUUUUAUAUUUAAGCUAAAUUGCCUUUGAAUUCCUUCAAGCUUGGUUCAUAGAGGUGUGAAAGUACAAAGUUGUUUGUUAGGAAUUGGCCUGCGCAGUUGUGAGGGAGGGGCAGUAGUGGUCAUGGCCCCAGGCCUUUCUCCUUACCUGAUAACUUUGGGGAGGAUCCAGGCUUGCCCUUUUGCUUGCUGUUGCCUCCUCGCACAGGUCAGUGUUUUGUAUGUUUUUGUGUUUAGAAUGUGGAUGUGGCUAAGUUUCUGUUCAAUGCUUUGAGAGCUCUUGCACGUUUAGAUGGUGUCGUGGGGGGUGUUCUGUCUGGGCCAACAAGCAUCUCUUGAGUACCGAGGGGAGAGAUCCGACAGGCUGCCAGAUGCAUCAUAAGGAGUGUGCAUAACUUGCAAAGGCGCUGGCCCUAUUUGAGGUGGCAACAGCUCAGAUUAUGUCAGCAUUCAGGACACUAGUCAGUGUCUCACCAUGGGACUAGUGCUGUCAUCAAGAAUCCUGUUUCCAUGGCUGAGGUGUUGUUUUUACCCAGGGCUAGCUCAUAAUGUAUCUGCAUACAUUAUGUGUUGUAAAGGGUGGGGGGUAACUACUGCCGUCCCCAGGUAACUAUUGUCAUUGCAGAGUUAACGUGACUUUGUGUCUCAAAUCCGACAGAGGAGAUAAAUUCUCACUUCUCUCCUGCCACAGGGGAGUGACUAGCAGUUAGUUAUCCAACCUGGCCAGGGAAGCAGGCAGCCCUUCUCAAGGCUGUGUCCUCUGGUUGCAGAAAGGCCUUUGCAGAGCACCCUGUUGCUGGGAGAUGCUGUGUGAGUGGGGUGCAGUAUGUGAAUAUGGGAAGAAUGGGUCUGACCUUUUUUUAAAAUGUUGCAAUGAAUACUUGGAUCAUUCCUGUUGAGGGUUUUAGUGUGAAUGUGCAAUUUUUCCUCCCUUGCUUACGUUGAUUUAAAAUAAAAACAAAACUGCUUGA